AUGAGAGCAAACGGCCUCACCGUCUUGGAUGCAGCGCCGCAAGGCAUAAUCAAUGUCAUCCAUGGCAUCAUUGAGCCGGCAAGGGUCUGCGAGCAAAGAUGGAUGAUCAAGAAAGCCGAGCACGUGAGGGAGGUGCUCUCCAUUCAGCCCGCCGUGAAGAAAAGGAAGACCGAGGAAAAGGACGUCCUGACCUUUUCAAGCAAAGACUUGGAGAGAAUUCAAAUGCCUCAUAACGACGCCUUAAUGGUGACCCUCCGCGUCAAAUACUUCGACAUUAAAAGAAUUCUAGUUGACCAGGGAAGUUCGGUCGAGAUCAUGUAUUAUGACGCCUUUAGACAGAUGAAGUUGGAGGACAAGGACUUGGCCCCCGUAACGUCUUCAUUGGUUGGCUUUAACUCUCAACCGAAAUGGCCGAUCGGAAAGAUCAUAUUGCCGGUCAAAGCGGGAUCAGUCACAAAGCAAGUGGAGUUCUGGGUGCUUAAGGUCCCAUCGACCUACAACUUAAUUUUGGACAGGGGCUGGUUGCAUGCCAUACAGGCGGUAGCAUCGAUCCACCAUCAGGUCUUGCGCUUUCCGACACCAGCCGGACAGAUAGAAGAGGUUUGGAAAGACCAGGUGAUGGCAAAAUAG